UCCGUUCGUCCGUAAGUCGAGGUAUGAAAAGUGGGGACAAGUGACGCGAAAUAUUGCACGGCGAUGAGACAGAGCGUUAAUCUCGGUGAAAAUCGGCGAGUGUUAAAAAUCAAUCGCCUGCCGGCCAAAGUCGAGGCACAUCUUGUCCUUCGGAUCUCGUUGGCUAACCGUAACCACUGGCUUAACCUCAUUUUUCUUCCACAAUCGUCACGUGCUUCAGCCACGACGUUACUAACGCUGUUUAAUCGGUAGAAUUACCAUUCUAGUCGAAUAUCUUAACCUCGACACGUAUGACGCUCGCUCAACGCUUCAGCAACCGCCGUCUCGUGGUAGAUGCUCUCGCCCUAACCUUCGGCAUCGGAGCAUGGAUCGGGGUCAACGGAAUAUUCGUUCAGCUACCCCUGCUCGUCGAAAACGCCCCGGAAGAAUGGCACCUUCCCGUUUACAUGACGCUCGUCGUCCAGCUGGCAAAUAUCGGUCCGAUACUUUACAGCUUUUACAUCAAGUACAUGAGCCGAGCACAUGAUCAUCUGUUAAUAUACAUUCUCUUGGGCGGCGGUACGAUCGGGAUGAUUUGCUUGAUCUUUGUCCACGAGAACACCUCUUACAUGUUCGGUAAAGAGAGCUCAACGGCUCUGCUGAGUCUGAUGUUCGUCGCAGCUUUGGUCGGCUGCACCAGCUCGGUUCUGUUCAUGCCCUACAUGCGUAACUACAGAGAGAUAUACCUGGUCUCUUAUCUCGUGGGCGAAGGGCUGAGCGGAUUUUUACCCAGCAUCAUAGCGCUGAUACAAGGUGUCGGUGGGAACGCACAGUGUGUGAAGACGGCGAAUUCAACCGCCGAUAACCCCACGUGCACGGAGUACGUUCCGGACCCAAGGUUUUCCACCUCUGUGUUCUUCACCCUUCUCAGCAUCAUCCUGUUCCUAAGCUUCUCCGCUUUCAUUGCCCUCAAUACCCUUCCCAUCAGCCUCAGCGAACGCGUCAAGCCACCAGGAAGCACCGAAGCUCUUCCAACCGACCCCGACGCUGCUCCGACCUUCAAGUUUAACUCGGGAUGGAAGAUGCCGAGGCGAACUUACAUCUACCUCUUGGUCAUGAUGGCCGUUAUAUGCGCCCUGGGAAACGCUGUGCUCUCCGGGAUCCAGCCGUACGCCUGCCUCCCGUAUGGCAACGUGACCUAUCAUUUGGCCGUCACUUUGGGCGCGAUAGCCAUUCCUCUCGCCAUGUGCAUUGGCUUCGUUGUGAAGAAUCCUCGAGUCGACGUACUGAGCCUCUUGACAGCGGGUAUCCUCGCCCUGGCAGGUUUCGUCUCUUACUUGGCGGUCAAGUCGCCUGCACCACCUAUGCAGCACAUGUGGAUUGGCGAAUUCGUCGUCGUCGUUUCCUGGAUCAUCGUCAGUGGACUGAUCGGUUUCGUCAAACUAGCCAUUACCACACUCUUUCGACCGGAUCCUGGCAGGGGGUUAUUCUUCACGGGGGUGGCGACGCAGGUUGGCUCGUUAAGCGGGGCUGUGCUCAUGUAUUGUUUAGUCACAUACGCCGACAUAUUCGAGAAGUACAAUCCUUGUGAUGACUGCACGGACGUUGGUAGCAGUUAGAAAUGAUUCUCUCGUACAUACGGGAUGGACCUGGGAAAAGACUUUGAUAACGCAAGAUUUUACAUCGUGCAACAAGU